AUGUCAGAGGAACCAUCAUCUUCUACAGCUGCUAAUUCCAUGGAGACUGAGAAUUCUUCCUUGUUGGAGGAUGCUUCUACCUUAUUGAUGUUUCAUAAUGCAGCUGUGAAUAAUAAACACGAGAAUCAACAGCAACAACAACAAUUAGAGAGACCAGUUCAGCCAAUUCCAAAAGCAUCAACUACUUCACUACUACCUAGCCAUUCAAUCAAGCCAACAUCGGCUGGAUCAUCAAGACCAGGGUCAACACCAAACCCUGUCGCUAUACGGAGUCCCAAGAUCAAUACAAUAGCUUCACCAGGUCCAGCAAUUGCAGCAUUAGCAGAUUCAGAUACAGAAGGUGGCGAGAAUGAUAAAUCUCAGAAGGGUAUAGUGGCUGCUGCUGCUCUAGCUGCUGCUGCAGGGAUUCCUUUGCCACUAAUAAAUCAUGAUGAUCAAAACAAACUAAAUAUGCAAAUAAUAGAGAAACUUAAAACCAAGAGUGUUGAAUCAUCAGAGGCAAUUCUUCAAAAAGCACAGGAUCAAGUUCCUAAAGAACAACUACAUGCUUUACAAGAAAGAGCUGAAGUCAUUAGACAAGGCCUGAAAAGCAAGGAAGAAGACAAACCAGAGAAUCAGAAUCAAGAAUUAAAAACCGAAGAAGAUGCUAAUGCAACAACUGUUUUAAAGAAUGAAGAAGAAACUGCUAAUGAGGAUAAUCAAUCGUCUCAUGACACAGAUGUUGAAAGUAAAGAUAAUGAUGAUACUAUAAUGAAGGAUGUAACAAAUGAUGAUAUACAAAAUAAUGAAACAGAAGAAGAAACUUCCACGUUACUGGAUAAACAGGAAGAAGACCAAGUCGAGAAUGAGGAAGGAGGUCAUGAAGAGCUCAAACCUAAGAAGCAACGUAAAACGAAGAAGAAAGAGCAGAUCGAGAAUACAAAAGCUACAGUUACCGUUCCAAAAGAUUACAUAGUGGACCCAGAUGCUGGUAUCAUUACAUGUUGUUGUGGCUAUGAAGAUGAUGAUGGUUUUACAAUUCAAUGUGAUAACUGUUUCAGAUGGCAACAUGCUGUUUGUAUGGGUAUUGAUUCCAUUGAUAAUGCACCUGAAAAUUUCCUGUGUAACGUCUGUUCACCAAGGAAAAUUGAUAUCAAAAAAGCCAGAGCCAUUCAAACCCAAAGAUUGAAUUCCUUGAAGAGAAGAAAAGAGAAAAAAGGUAGAAACUCUGCUGAUCCAGAAACUAAUGAUACCUCUUCAAUCUCAGAAUCAACUACAUCCACAGCCAAUCUUUCCAAAGAUAAGGAACAACAAGAAGGUAACCAAGCUAAACCAAAACCAAAACCAAAACCAAAUUCUUAUGGUAAAAAUUUAGAGGAUGAUGAUAUCCAUGUGCUUGACGCCAAAGAUUCGUAUAAAUCCAUUUAUUAUGCAUUGAAAAAUUAUGAAUACCAAGAUGAAGAGGUUUUCAGUUUUGUUGACAGUUUAAAGAACUUGGAUAAUCCUAGAUUCAUCAAGAUUGCUAAAUCUGAAUUCAACAGGGUAGAACUACCAAAACUGAAUGUCAAACCAUAUUCUGAAGUUAACAACAAGAAAUUUAAUGGUAUUUCAAGAUUGGGAUUAUUCACAGAUACUGCUAUCCCACAGGGUAAAAUGGUUGCUGAAUAUUUAGGUGAGAUUGGUAAUAAAGAUAAGUACAUUACAGAUACAAGAAAUCAUUAUAGAAUUUGGGGAGUUGAAAAACCUCACGUCCAAUUCAUCCCAGGAUUACCUUUAGUCAUUGAUGCUAGAUUUUCAGGAAAUUCAGCUCGUUACAUUAGAAGAAGCUGUAAUGCAAAUUGUGAACUACAAACUGUGGUUGUUUCAAAAGAUUUAGUCAAGUUUAUCAUAUAUUCUAUAAAGCCUAUUAAGCCUGGUGCUGAAUUGACUUUGAAUUGGAAUUGGGAUAUAAACCACCCUAUAAAAGGAAUACAAGAAGGUAAACCUUUUGAUCAAAUUAAUGAUGCUGUUAAACCAAGUCUUGUAUUAUCGGUGGAAUCUAUUUUGACAUUUUUGGAAUGUGGUUGUACCUCAGUUGGUGACUGUUGUUUGGCAAAAGUCAAAAAGGCAAGUGCCCAUAUUUACAGAGCAACAAGAAAAGGUAAUAAUACUAGUGGGUUGAAACUAUUACAAAAAGAAGCCAAAUAUUCAUCAAUUCAAGAAAGAUUAUUGGAAAGAGAGACUUCAAAUAUCCGUGACUCUUUAGAUCAAGUUAAAUCUUCCAUCCCAAUCCCAAAUAGAGAUGGGUCAGUUUCAUCAUCAACUGAAGAUAUUAAUGUUAGACCUUUUAUUUUCAAUUAUUUGACUAGAAAGAGAAAGUUGGAUGGCCAUCAAAAGGAAGGAAAUGAGUAUCUACCCAUUCCAAUUGAAGUUAUCCCUGAAGAAAAGAAACCUGAUUUAUCCUCAGCUACAGUCCCUAAUGCUCCUGCUAAGCCAGUCAAGAAGUUAAGUUUUGCAGAUUAUAAAAAAAAGAAGAAACCUGCCUGA